CGUCGAANCACCAAGGUUACGGAAAACAAACGCGCUGCUGCCCCAAAUGAACCACCAUCCGACGAGCCACAAUCCAAGCGAAAGCCCCGUCCCGUAGCCAUUAUGGCCGAACAUUUACGCGACGCAAAUGCCAUCGCACGGUUAAGGGGUCACAUCAGAGCUUCAAGGGGAAAUGGACGGCUUCCAGAGUUAGAGGUCAAGGAAGAAGAUAGUGUCCGCGCAGCAGUUGCAUAUUGCAAGAUUGCGAUUCAGGCUAAGCAGUCAGCUGGCUACUGUGGCCUAAGGUCAUGGAUAGCAUGGGCUUCAGCUAAUAAGCUUAUCAACCUUGAGAAGGAGAAGGCGAACAGAAAGCGCAACCCUGAAGAUGUGCUCAAAAAAGCGCAUGCAGAAGUCGCUACCUUGACAUAUGGUGCGUUUAAAAAUCGCUUUUCAAAGCAGGAAAAUUGGAAAAUUUGGGAGCAUUUAUGGCCAUGCUUCCCUUCGAUGGACAACUGGACGACGGUAUAGCACUUCGGGAUUACCAAAGGGUUGGGCAAGACGAGAUGGAACAGUUAAAGGAGCAGUCAGCGAGGGGCAUUGGUUCACAAUUGGCAAAGGUGGCGGACGAAUUUCUGACAGCUUUGCGGGAAGGCAAGGCGUACCCCAGAA